AUGGGCCGUCGCAUAAUGAUCGCUUUCGACGGCAGUCGCGGAGACAACCAGCCAUACCUGGUCCUGGCCAGAGAACUCAUCCGUUCCGGAUUUGACGUUCUGGCUCUGGGCUGUGAGGAGGCAACAGACCUGGCGGAAGCGUUCGGCGUCCCUUUCAAAGCGAUUAAUUGGUGCCAAAAGAAGACCUGCACUAACCAGAAGUUCGUUGACAGCAUGAAGACUCAGAACUUUGGUCAGAUGGCAGAGGUGCAUCGCGAAGUUCGUCCAGAAGGCUGCGUUUUCAAGCAAUGCGAGACAAUCUAUGAGGCAGCACUGCAGUUCAAGCCCGAGUUGCUUCUGCACACCUGGUCCACGGCCCUGAAUAUGUAUGCCAUAAGUGUGAUUCUGCGGAUUCCUCGCAUCCACAUCAGCCUGCAAACUGGACUUGUUGCCAGCAGCUCCCUCCCCUGUCCGCCGCUAUCAACUCGGCCUGGGACUCGUGCAAGCCUGGGCUGGUAUGCUUUGGCCACAGUCUUGUUGCGGCAGUGGAAGACGGAACAGGGACCUGUUUGGGAAAAGAUCUUCCAAAGGCCGUUGGCUGAUUUUGCGCCCGCCUUGCAAGACUACUUCGACAUGAUGGGCAAUGACUCCAAGUUCUAUCACGUGGUUACCGAGACAUCAUUGCACCGGGAGGUGCCAGCGGAUUUCAGCAGCACCAUCAUCCGAGUCGGGCCGAUGGUGGCCGAGAAUGCCAUGCAGGACUUCUUAGCAGCUGGGGAGCCACCAGUCUACUUUGGCUUUGGCUCCAUGAUCGGCACAAGCUCCAAGUUCAUGACCCUCCUGUGCCUGCGCGCUCUCCGCCUGACUGGCCUCCGGGGGGUUUGCUGUGCCGGGUGGUCGGAGAUGUCGCUGGAUCUGGUGGAUGGGGAGCCGGAUGCAGAAGAGCUUAAGUCUUACAGCCAGAAGCAUGCUCUCUUUGUGAAGUAUGCUCAACAUGGAUCGCUCUUCCCGCGCUGCUGCGUCAUCGUCCACCACGGGGGCACGGGUACCACGAAUGCCUCCCUGACGUCUGGAGUGCCGACGGUGAUCCUCCCUGUCUGCUUCGACCAGUUUGCACAUUCGGAUGACAUCAACGAGCUAGGCUGUGGAGUGGGCUUGGCAGCCAUUCACAAGCUCGAGCCUUCCGAUGUCUCCGAAGCGGUCUUGAAGUGUCUGCGGACGCCAGAGAUCUGCAACAAAGCCAGGGAGGUAGCCACCAUCAUUGAGAAGGAGAAGGACGAGGGCCCAAAAGACAUGGUGGCCUUCCUGCAGAUGUUCUUCAAGCAGUUCGUGGACACGGGAAGGCAGUUGAAGCUCCAGGACUCUAGAACUCACUUUCAGCUACUCCCAGCCGUCCACCACGUGCCCAAGAUGUCACCAAACCAUGAACUCUUGAUUGGUGAAGCUUCCUUCAAAGCCUUGAGCUCCAAAUUGAAGCCGGAGCUCGGCAGUCGAACGAGAGUUCCGGACCACUGCCUCUCAAAAUGCUGGGCACUGAAACUCCCAGAUCCCCUCAAGGAGCAGUAUCUGUUAGACUAUGUUAGACUCCUAGAGAGUCUUCUGCCAACUUUCCCAGAGGGGAUCCAGGUACCCUUUUUGCCCAGCAAUCGCCGCGUCGUUGCUCCUGUUGCGGAGCGCUGCUCGCAUGCCCAUGCCAAUGUUGCAUUGCUGACUGACGGUGUGGCCCAGGUCCAGCUGACAAACGCGAUGACCGGUGAAGAGAUCUGCACGGUGAGUGCAAGCAGCCAGUGGACCAUCGCCCUCCUGGCCCGCGCCGCGGCCUCCCAGGCGCCAUCUUCAGGCGGCUGCCGCAUCUUCCUGAAGGGCGCGGCGGCACUGACGGCAGGGACUGUGCUCGCCGACCUCCAGGAGGAUGCCGAGGAAACCAUCCAGCUAUCUACCCUGGUGCUGAGCGCAGUUGACGGGGUCUACACGGCGAGGAUCAAGCUAGGGGAAUUCGAGGAGCAGGAUUUCGCUGGGGGCCUGAGACCGGGCCGCUUGCACCUGAUCGGUGGCCGCGGCAGGGGUCGCGAUCCGCCGGCCCGGGUCGGCCUGAAGCUUCACAAGGAUGGGAUGGUCGAGUUCGUCUACGAGAAGCGGCCCUUCGACCGAGGCCAUUGCGCGCCGGAUUCUGGCGGACGGUACGUGUAUGCCAAGGGCAAAUGGACGUACAGCGUUCCUGGUGUGGAG